ACUUGUGUGUCUGUCUUUGGUUAUUUGAAAAGAGCUUAAUGGUUAUGCACUUAUGGUGUAAAACAUCGCCUAAUGACAACCUUUCAUCGUGCCAUAUAAUCAUAUAUUGUAACCCUUUUUUAAAAAUAACCACUACAUCCUUCAAUCUUAUUGGACAUUAGUGUAAAACUAGUUUACAUUUAUUAUGCAUUUUCUAUUUUCUCAUUUGAAAAAAUUAAGUUAUUUGAUUGGUAAGGAGAAUAAAAUUAUAAAAAAGUUUAAAUAAAUGGUAAAUUUGGAAGAGAAAAAUGUUACACCAAAAUUUUGUAUUCAGUUUGUAUAUGGGUAGUGAUUACUAUUAGUAUUAUUCUGUUCAGCUAUUAUGCUAACAAAAUUUUUUGUUGCUGCAGAUGCAAAGAGGUUGAUUGGAAGGAAAUAUAGUGAUUCUGUUAUUCAGAAUGACAUUCAGUUAUGGCCAUUUAAGGUUGUUGCUGGUACUGAUGACAAGCCAAAGAUCAUUGUGAAGUAUAAAGGUGGCGAAAAGUCCCUUUGUGCUGAGGAAAUCUCAUCUAUGAUUCUCACAAAGAUGCGCGAGAUUGCAGAGAAAUUUUUGGAGUCACCUGUCAAGAAUGCAGUUGUUACCGUGCCUGCUUAUUUCAAUGAUUCUCAAAGAAAAGCUACAAAAGAUGCUGGUGCCAUUGCUGGCCUCAAUGUAAUGCGGAUAAUCAAUGAACCUACUGCUGCUGCUCUUGCAUAUGGUCUUCAAAAGAGAGCACAUAAUGUUGGAAAAAGAAAUGUCUUCAUAUUUGAUCUUGGUGGUGGCACGUUUGAUGUGUCGCUUCUCACACUUAAGGAUGAUAGCUUUGAAGUGAAGGCCACAGCUGGAGAUACACACCUUGGAGGAGAAGACUUUGAUAACCGAAUGGUGAACCAUUCUGUAAAGGAAUUUAAGAGGAAGUACAAAGUGGACAUUAGUGGAAACCCGAGGGCCUUAAGGAGGUUGAGAACUGCUUGUGAGAAGGCUAAAAGGACACUGUCAUUCGAUACUGAGGCUAUAAUUGACAUAGAUGCUAUAUACAAGGGAAUUGACUUCCAUUUGUCAGUCACUCGGGCUAAGUUUGUUCAACUCAACAUGGAUCUCUUUGAGAAGUGUUUGGAGAUUGUCAAAAGUUGUCUUACUGAUGCUAAGAUGGACAAGAGUAGUGUUGAUGAUGUUGUCCUUGUUGGUGGUUCUUCUAGGAUUCCAAAAGUGAAGGAACUAUUGCAAGAAUUUUUCAAUGGAAAAGAUUUGUGCAUGAGCAUCAACCCAGAUGAGGCUGUUGCUUAUGGUGCUGCUGUUCAGGCUGCUUUGCUUUGUGAAGGCAUUAAGAAUGUUCCAAAUUUGGUGCUACAAGAUGUUACACCGCUGUCGCUUGGUAAGGCCACACUAGGAGAUGUCAUGAGUGUGGUGAUUCCUAGAAACACCUCCAUUCCUGUCAAGAAGACAAGAGAAUAUGUAACAGUUAAAGAUAAUCAAUCCCAUGUCUCAAUUAAUGUUUAUGAGGGUGAAAGAUUAAAAGCCAGUGAGAACAACCUGCUUGGUUUGUUUAGUCUCUCAGUCCGUCGUGCACCUCGUGGCCUUCCUAUCAAAGUAUGCUUUACUCUAGAUGCUGAUGGUAUAUUAAACGUCUCUGCAGAAGAAGAAACUAGUGGUAAUAUGAAAGUUAUUACUAUAACGAACAAAAAUGGUAGACUGUCAGCUGCAGAAAUUGAGAGAAUGAUUCAGGAAGCUGGAAAUUUCAAGGCUGAAGACAUGAAGUUUGUGAAGAGAGUUCAAGCAAUGGAUGCUAUUGAUGAUUAUCUAUAUAACAUGGAGAAAGUAAUGAAGGAUGAUAGUGUUACUUCCAUGCUUAAUCCAGUAGACAAAAUGAUGAUCCAUUCUUCAAUGAAGAUGGGUAAAAACAUGAUUUGCAACCAGAAAUUAGAAACUUUUGUGUUUGUCGACUUUCUGAGGGAGCUUAAAAGAAUCUUUGAAUCUGCUUUGAACCGGAGAAACAUGGGUAACUGAAAGUGAUUCUGACUCUUAUUG